AUGAACUGCAAGCCCUGGCACAAAGACAAGUUCCCCUCCAAGGGUUUUACAAAGCACAAGAAGAUGCUCCCGAAGUUCCCCACCUCCCUGGACAGCCGGCGGUGGAUAUUUGUGAAAGAGCUGCUGGACGACUUCCGGAAGGGCUGCCCACCUUGUGAAGAUAUGAUCACUCGCAGCCCUAAGGAGGGCCUCCUCCCCGGGAUUGCUCACAGAGUUCCCCAGCAUGCCCCCGAAAAGAGUCAGAAAAAGCUGCCCGAGGAAGCAGACCUGUUUUCCACGCUCUCGCCAGCCCAGCUAGCACGGAAGGCAUUCGUGGAGAACAUCCAAGCCCACCUGACCAAGCAUCCCUUGGCUCUCCACCCGAAUCUGGAGGAAGGUCUACCUGCAGACCUCUUAUUAAGGGUGCCAGAAGUGCUCGAUCCUGACGGGAAGCUGGAGGACACAUGGGCUUAUCGUCAGGGCCCCAGGAAAAGAACGAAGUCCCCCACAGAGCUUCGCAACAAAACGUCCUGCCAAGGUCUACCCGGAACCUCCAAAGAAGGCUCCUGUGUCACAUCCAGCCAGUCUGCCUCACGAAGACAAGAAGUCAAGCAGGAAGGAUUCACUCACGGAUCCUCCUGUUCACAGAGGAGUACCGAAAGCGAUUCGUGA